UUUUUUUUAUCACUAUUGAUAAAUUAAAAAUCAUUACUACAUGUCAGUGCGUUGGGUGUAAUCUGUUUUAUCGUUUAAUUCAGAGGAUUGAAUUUUUACUAUUUUAUAAAAUAAAAAUGAAUUCUUUCUUUAUUGUUUAUACAACUUUAGUCUGUUCUUUAAUAACAAACAGUUUAAAAGCAGAAAAAAACGAGACUGAUACUUCUGUUAUAUCUUCAACAAUCGCUAUCAGCUCACUUUCUGUUCUUCCAACAAGCACCCAAAGCAUAUCAGUGACUCCUUCAUUUAAAAGUUUGUCAAUUAUUGUAUCUACUUCAGCUUUGCAUUCAAAUGUGACUUCGGUAAUUUCUUCAAGUAUUAAACCUUCUGUUGUAUCUUCAAAUGUUGUAGUCAGCAGUUCAGUAACACCACCUCCAACACCAGAUCCAAAUAUGUUGGUAUUUCAAUUUCCAAAAAAUGGCACACCUUGUAUUAAAUUUGAAGGUGAAAUUGAACUUACUAUUAGUGGCAAUAAACUAGUGGAUUUUUUUAUAAAUCGAGAUGAUUCUGUUAUUGGAUCAUGUAUUGGUUUACCGAAUGUAACACUGACUGACAAAACACAUGAUAUAUCACUUACGAUGUCCUUUAAUAGAACUCAAUCACAUUGGCAAUUGGUGAAUAUUCAAGUGAAAGACAAUAACAAUACUUUAAUGGAAAGUGCAGCUUCUAACUCUAUAAAUAUACCGGUUUUAAUGGCUUCUAUAAAUAAUUCGUAUACAUGUAACGACAAACUAGAGGUUAUCCAAGAAGACAUGGAAAAAAAUCAAGUUAAAGUAAUUUUUACAAAAUUACGUGUUCAAGCAUAUUUAACCAGUGCAUCAUUUAGUAAUAGUACCGACACUUGCCCAUCUAAAUCUUCACCAGAAAAAACAAGUAGUGUCGUUCCGAUUGCUGUUGGCGGUGCUUUAGCCGGACUUAUUGUUAUCGUUCUUGUUGCGUAUUUAAUUGGUAGAAGACGUGGUAACCGCGGUUAUCAAAAGGUUUAGCAUCAAGUUCUUUAUAAAACUCUUCUUUUUCUUGAUGUUGGUAACCUUAUCGGGAAAGAAUUAGACUGUUUUGUUAACGUUCAAAAAAAAACCCUUGUUGAAGAAUAACAAACAUUCCUUGUCAGCUAUUUUUAAUAAAAAAAAUUCGGUGUGAAAUUCGUUUGUCUGUUAAAAUGAAAAAAAAUUUCUAA